AUGGAGCUUGGUAAAACAUCACUGCCUCGGAGAAGCAAACGGAUUUCCCAGGUCCUAGGAACCAAUUCCGAUGAUGACGAAAAUGAUGUUGACCCCGAGCCGGAACUACAGCGAUUGCUUGAACAAUUUCUACCCAGGGGAAAUUCACCUUCGACUCCAAGAGAGCCAAAUCCAUUAAAGAGAAAGGCUGAAUGCCUAACUGAUAGGCAGAACUUUCCUUGUGAAGUGGCCAAAUCGGCUCCAUCGAUAUCGACAGACAAUUCUAAGAAUAUUUCUAUCGAAUGGUCCCCCGAAAGGAGUACCGCGUCUAUCAAGGGGGUUGCCUUAGCUAAGAGUGAUAACCUGGAAAAUGAGCCUCCCGGCAUAAUCGAGAACGAUAUCUCAGGAAAUUACAACCAUAAUCGGUCAGAAGAAGCUAAUAAUGCUAAUGAUGUGUUCUACUCAACUUCAGAUGGCUCUAAUAGCAUGCGGGCUUUGUUGCCCGAAGCAACGCAGGAAGAUAAUAAUAACAACUUAGACCCGGAAUCUUCCAAUGUUGAUUCCUCCCACUCUCAGUGCUCACCUCACACCUCAUGGACGCUUCCUUCAUCCGUUUCUCUUUGCUCUCGUUCAUCAGAACCGCCCGGUAAUGCCCAAAUUCAUCCUAUUCAUCCUACUAUCCCUAUUAAACGACCACGAGGAAGGCCACCAGCUCCACUAAACAUGCCGAGAAGGAAUAACAAUUCAACUCCACAGCGGCGGUCUCGCCGUGAAAGAAAACAGCCAGCCAAUUACUAUGACUUACCCCCCGGUUUUGCCGAAAUCGAAGAUGACUAUGAACCGACGGCCCCUGAAGAACCUGUUGACCUCCAAUACUCGCCACAGGUCCCAAGUUUGGCUAGGAAACGAGUUGACAUUAUACCUCCUCGAUGUUUAUAUCGAUCGAGACAACUAUGUAUCUUGCGAGAAUUAAACUCUUCUUCGUGCCUCGACGAAGAGGAUCCGCUGGUUCAAUUUCCAUAUAUCUUAGCGGAUCAACGGGUCAACCACCCAAGGCUACUUCUGCGAGACAACCAGUACCGUAGCUUCAUUUGCCAUGUAGACUUCUCUACAAGCGAGAUGAAAACAAUCUAUACCCUUCUUUGCGGGCAUCAGAUACCAGAGGACGAGACUCCUAUUCAGGAUCAUCUCUUUCAUGCUGUCCAAUUUCUUGAUGUUGAACUGAUUACCAAAAGGAUUCGAAGGUUAAAAGGUUUGCUUACCCUUCUACCCCCUGGUUUUGAUCCAGCUCAUCUAUUCCUAUCCCACGUGGGGAUUCCCAAGGAGUAUCAAAAAAUACUCAAGCAAAUUGAGAAAAUACUUAGAGAUACUCAUCAGCCAGAAGGGUGUAAAAAUACAGUUGCCAAAAUUGGUCGUGCUAAUAUCAAUUCUAUACUUCAAGAAUGUGAUAUUGUCAAGGGAUUGCAUCGCAGGAAAGCCGACUCUAUUAUGCGGUUCCUUUCCGAUGCACAAUCAAAGUCUCUCUCCAACAUGCCCUCAAGCCUGGUUGUAUACGCUUCUUCAGUCUCUCCACAAACACCGUUAGCCAGCUCAGAUAAUAAGUUGCCAUCUGCAAUGCUAAGAUCUCGGCAACUGGGUCUCACAAAUCAUCGGGGACGGGACCCAGUCAACGUCAGUCUACGAACCCUGCAUUCUAGGAGAUGGGAAUUAUGGAAAACUUGGAAAGGCGCCUCACACGACGUCUUGGUGUUGUCAUGGUCGCCAGAUGGGACACAAUUCAUUGCGGGUACCAGCACACACUGUGAGGAAAACAACAUGCAGUAUAACCGCAAUAACAACCUACUGUUGGGAGAUCUAGUUACGGACUCUAUAAGAGAGCUACCUGACCAUAGAAUACCCCGUCCUCUCAUCUCCGGAGGGGAAUUUACCAACCAGGCCUCGUACAACAACCUUGACCCGGAUCUUUACAUGACAAUCAGUGCAGCGCAGUGGUCUAAAAAAUACUUAUAUACGGCGAGCUACGAUAAAACCGUAAGGGUUUGGGACACACAACCGGAAGUGGGUUGCAUCCAGCAGCUAUUCCACCCUGAGAAGCUUGACGUUAUGGCCAUUUCUGAUUGCCAGUACCGCCUUGUAGGUACUGGUUGUCAAGAUACCACCCCAGUCAGGAUCUGGUCUCCAAUGUCAAACGGCACACAUACUUGUGUUGAAUUAGAAAGAUAUCAAGGAUAUGCCCCGUCUUCGUUAGCAUGGGGCACAAAUCCUUCUUGCAGUGAGUUUUUAGCUGCAGGCAUGUCGCAAAAGCUCGUUCGGUUAAACUCAUCCGCCUCAGAGUGUGGAUUAAUUGUCCUUUGGCAGGUCGAAGCAUCCAACGUCUGCCGAUUUGAUAAGUGGAAAAUACCAUUUCAUAUCUCGGACAUCAAAUGGCACCGGAAUCAACCACUAUUCAUUGCAGGGUGUUCGACACCCCAGCAACUUGCUAAUUCGAAUUUGACCAGUGUGCGGUCAGUAGUUAAUCUCUAUGAUCCGUUGAGGACACACUGCGAAGUCAGCUCCUUCCAGUGCCCGGCCUUGGACAUUAAUGAAAUUACUUUCUGUCCGAGCAACGAUAACUAUGUCACCGCCAGUUGUACUGACAAUCUGACUUACGUUUAUGACCGCCGUAACCCAUCUAGCGUGCUCCAUAAACUUGGGCAUGGGAAGCCCAUUCACCAAUUGGAUACCUCUGUUACACAAGAAGAGGAUGAUACCGGCGUUUGUUUGGCAACGUGGAGUGGUUCUACAUUCUUUACAGGAGGCUCGGAUGGAGUUGUUAAAACGUGGGACAUAAGACGGUCUGCAGACGAUCUAAUUUUCGAGGAUAUUGCCACUUUCAAUCACGGGGUUAUGUCCGGCGCUUUAUCUCCAGACCACACGAAUUUAGUAAUUGGUGAUAGUGGUGGAUCUGUCCAUAUCCUCUCAACAGCGCCUUUUAGCCGGGAGAACGGUUUAGAUCUAGCCUACCAUGCCGCUGAAGUGAAUACCCAAACCAAUAACGACUGCGAAGAAUCUGUGGCCGGUAUAUUGGAGUCGAAGAGACUGGUGGCCUCUGGGAAGCUCACUCGUCAUCCCAUCUUUGGGUUUGGUAAAGGCCCCCUAUAUGAAGGGCCUUACGCCAUCUGGGCUCGGCCACCAGGGACGUCUCCUAAUGAGAUACCGUACACCCCAUUGGAACCAGCCAUUCAAGCUGAGCAAUUAGAUGGCCCGCCAAUCUCUCAAAGACAGCUUCUGGAUCAAGAUGGUCAACGUCGUGUUCAUCGGCAUAUCUCACUAGCUCUAGCUCGAAAUAGGGAAAGCGGACCAGCUAGAUCUCCUCGCAAGGGCGGCAAGGCCCGACGUCUGAACGAGCCGGUCACGCCAUCGACCUCUAGGAUCCCUCAAAUUGCUCCAAAAGAAACAAUCGAGGUCAGCAGUGAGGAAAGCAACAUUGUCUCCAGACCGAAGCGCCGUAGGUAUCCAUUACGGACCCCCCGCAAAACCAAGAAUCAAUCAUUGCGGCCGAAAAAGCCUAUAUGCAUUGACUUAACUGGCGACACAUCAGAGGAUGAGGGUCCAAGCUCAUCUUCCAUCUCUUCAUACUCCACUUGCAUUUCCCGACAGGAACCAUACAAAGUAGAAGCGGAUCUCCUAGAGGAGGAUAAUUGGUGGCCUACUAGUGAAGAUGUUACAAGUCUUGGGUUGUAG